UAAUAUAUAGUAUUAUAUAGUUCUCAUAUGGUUUACUUUAAGCUUAAGAUGGCUGCCCCUCUCUCUCUCUCUCUCUCUCUCUAGCUAUUCCUUCCUCAACCUUUCCUUUCUCCUCACUCGAUUCCCCUUGUUUUUCUAUUCGCUCUAGGGUUUGAAACUGUUUGCGCUUUAAAUUUCUUUAUUAACUCAUAUAAAUAUUGAGUCGAUUUUUAUAGUGUUUUUCUCGGAUCGAAAUAAUAAUUUUUUUUCAGGUUUUCCUGUUGUUUCCUUGCUGCGGUAAUUGUAUUGUAUUGUAUGUAUGGCUGGUUUGGACCUAGGCUCCGCAUCCCACUUCGUGUCUCAGCUCCACCGCUCCGACCUCCACCUCCAGCGGCCCCCCGAUUCCGACGACAAUGAAUCCAACCGCAACCAGUUCUCCGGCGAGAACACCGACAACUCCAACCCCGCCCUCGACCUCGCCUCCUCGGGGGACAUGGUGGGCCGCCGCCCCCGCGGCCGCCCCCCGGGCUCCAAGAACAAGCCCAAGCCGCCGGUGAUCAUCACCCGCGAGAGCGCCAACACCCUCCGCGCCCACAUCCUCGAGAUCGCCGGCGGCUGCGACGUCUUCGACGCCGUCGCCACCUACGCCCGCAAGCGCCAGCGCGGGAUUUGCAUCCUCAGCGGCACCGGCACCGUCACCAACGUCAGCCUCCGCCAGCCCGCCGCCGCCGGCAGCGUCGUCACGCUCCACGGCCGCUUCGAGAUCCUCUCCCUCUCGGGCUCCUUCCUGCCCCCCCCGGCCCCCCCGGGGGCCACCAGCUUGACCAUCUAUCUCGCCGGCGGCCAGGGCCAGGUCGUCGGGGGGAAUGUUGUCGGGGCUUUAAUCGCUUCCGGCCCCGUCAUCAUCAUCGCCGCCUCCUUCACCAACGUCGCCUAUGAGCGGCUGCCGCUCGACGAGGAGGAGGGGCUCCAGAUGCAGCCCCCGUCGUCGCAGCCGCUAGGCGGCGGAGGGGGUCAGUUUUCCGAUCCAUCUAUGGGGCUGCCCUUCUUGAAUUUGCCGCUCAAUAUGCCUAACGGUCAACUCCCGAUGGACGGCGGCGGUGCAUGGGCCGGAAACUCCGGCGCCGGCCGCCCGCAGUUUUAAAAUUUUUAUUAAGGUCAGAAUAUCAUCAUCAUCAUCUUCAUCUUCACAACUAGAACAUUUAAUCAUCAUCAUCAUAAACUUCUCUUAUCUUGUAAAUUUAGGUCAUAAUUAUUGUUUCUUGUGGUGUUGCCAAUGUACCUCUUGAUUUGCCGAGUGAUUCGAAGAAAAAAAAAAAGAAAAGGAAGGAAAAAAAGAACUUAAUUAGCGUUUGUUUCUUUUUUUUCUUUUUUUUUGUGGAACUUUUGAUGAGUUUAUUAGAAAUAAUUUUGAGGUUUAGACA